AAACAAAUUAACGCGGCGCGACUCGGACCCACACACGCCGACACACCGCAGACCCGCACCCCGGGUGAACGUGGCCUUUGUCCGGACGUGAAAAGUGGACUUAUUGUGGUUACCGUUGACGCCGUGGUGGGGUAGUAAAUGUUUUGUGGGACCUACUUCUUCUACUGACAGGCGGUGCUUCGGUCGCUCCCAAACAUGGCCUCCAUGACGGAGCGACCGCCUCAACUUUAAUUUUUCGCCAAUUUUCUUAGCAAAAAACGCGUUUUUCUCUUCCACGACCGACGGGAAUGUUUCGUGGGAAAGGAUCAUCAUGGCAGACGUGUGAAACACAUGUUAUCUUUCGGAGAAGUUCGCAGUUGGAUUUAAACACAUCGGUUUAAGUUGGCUGGAAAGCUGGAGAGGAAAAAGAGAAUUGCAUCAAUUCAAAUGCCGUCUGAGUCUCAGGAGCCUCGGGACAGGGGACCGCCUCCUCCAGUCACUCGAGCCGGACGCAGCGCUCAGCUCGCCAAAGCCGCCGUUAGCCCCGCCCCCGAGCGGCGGACACGCGGGCGUCCUCGGAGAGAUGGCAGCGCCGGCCGCUCGGCUCCCCCCACCCCUCCGCCUCCACCUCCACCUGCCCCUCCACCUCCCAAACCCAGGAAGAAGGGCCGGAGCCGUGGCCGAGCCCAGGUAGAGGAUGAAGAGGGCAUGGGCAACACGGAGAAGAAACCCCCUCAGAAGACAGAGGUGAAGGAGGCAAAGGAGGUGAAGGAUGCAAAGGAGGCGAAGGAUGCAAAGAAUGCAAAGGAGGCGAAGGAUGCAAAGAAUGCAAAGGAGGUGAAGGAGGUAAAGGAGGUGAAGACAGCUGGACGUCGUCGUUCCACCUCCAGGAGAAAAUCUAACACAAAUUCUGAACCCGACCAAGAACCCAGCCAGGACCGGCUCAGUCCAGAACCCAAGCCAGACCCUGAUCCUGACCCGGGUCCCGACCCAGGUCCCCCUGACCCCAGUGUUCCAAAGUGCAGCCCAGAAGAGGAGGAGCAGGAGCAGGAGCAGGAGCAGGAGCAGGAGGAGGACAGAACCAGAACUCCUCCUGCCUCUCCGCUCCAAGCCACCAGUGCUGGGGAGGACGCUGCCCCCUGCCCCCCAUCCCCGUCUCUCAGCCCCGGGCCACAUCCUGGUCCUGGGGAGGGGGACCAGCCCAGCCCAAUCCACAGCCCCCACCCCAUGGAGGUGGAUGAAUCAAGUCCGGCUGCGAGUCCCAGUCCGUCCAGUCCCCCGGUGUCCCCCUGUCUCCGGCUGGAGGACGAGGACUCUCUGUCCCCCAUGUUCCAGAGGUCUCUGUCGGAGGACUCGGGUGGGUCCCCGACCCCCAGCCUGGGACACACCAGGAGACGUCUGAAGCAGUGUGCCUUCUGUUACCGUGGUGACCAGCCUCCCCUGGGCCAGGGUCGCCUGGUGGUCUUCGGACCGACUCCCGGCUACAUCCCGCUCCACAUCCUAAACCGCCGCGCCUCCUCCGAACGGGACAGCGACUGCCACGCCCACUGCUACCGUGGCAACCUGGCCCCGCCCACGUGCAGCAGCCCAGAUCAGAGUGAGGACGAAUCCUCCUCAGAAUUCAUCAAGCAGUUCGGACCCAUCGGCCUUCCUCACGACAUCAAUGUCCAGUCACUGUUCGACCCCACAGGUCAGUGCUGUGCCCACCUCCUCUGUGCUUCAUGGUCUGAGGGGGUGUUUAAGGGUGAGGGCCAAUCACUGCUCUACGUGGACACAGCCAUCGACUCAGGAAGCACACAGGUGUGUGCGUUCUGCCGGCGGCUCGGAGCCUCGCUGCGUUGCCAGGAGACUGGCUGUGGGCGGAGCUACCACUUCCCCUGUGCUGCCGCUGCCGGAGCUCCGCAGGACUGGAACCAAAGACGAACACUGUGUACGAAACACGCGGCUUCAGGGCGGUUGCAGUGUGCCGCAUGCUCCGGUGGCUGUGAGGUCGGUGGUCUGCUGAUGUGUUGUUGCUGUGGUAACUGUUACCAUGGCAGCUGCCUGGACCCCCCUCUGGAUCCUUCCCCCCUGUCCCGGGCUGGCUGGCAGUGUCCUCAGUGUCGGGUGUGUCAGAGCUGCAGGUUACGAGGCGAUGAUGGCGUGCUGCUGGUGUGCGAGCGCUGCGAUAAAUCGUACCACACACACUGUCUCACACCGGCUCUGGAUCACGCACCAAGCACCGGCUGGAGUUGCAAGAACUGCAGAAUCUGCCGCCGCUGUGGGGUGAGGUCAUCAGGCCAGUGGGCCAAUCACCCGUUUCUGUGUGAAUCAUGUGACCCAGCCCUGCCCUGCCCUCUCUGCGGCCAUGACCCCGACCUCUACACACCACAGGAAUAUCUAACCUGCAUCUGCUGCUACAGGUGUGUCCAUGCGGAGUGCAUUGUCCAGACUGGGGAGGGCAGGGCGGGAUCUGAAGGUUACGUCUGCUCCACCUGCAGGCCUCAGGAGGAGGAGCCAAUCCCACACAGUCCGACCCUGGCCCCUCCCAUUCAUCACACCCAGGCUCCAGACAUGAGCAUUUCCCAGUUACCUGUACCAGGUGAUACUGAGGCUCCGCCUAUCAGCCCUACUGCUCAGAGCUCCACCCAGCUUGUCUUUACAGAAGCACCACAGAGUCCUACCAGGAGCCUUACACCGCCUCACCAUGAACCCACAGAGGUCCAGCAAAGUCCUCCACCAUGCCCCACAGAAGUCCUGCAGAGUCCUCCACCAUGUCCCACAGAAGUCCUGCAGAGUCCUCCACCAUGUCCCACAGAAGUCCUGCAGAGUCUUUCACCAUGUCCCACAGAAGUCCUUCAGAGUCCUCCACCAUGUCCAACAGAAGACUUGCAGAGUCCUCCACCAUGUCCCACAGAAGUCCAACAAAUUCCUCCAGCAUCUCCCCCCAAGGUCUGUCAAAGUCCUCCACUAUCUCCAACAGAAGUCGUACAAAGUCCUGCUCCAUGUCCCACGGAGGUCCAACAAAGUCCUCCACCAUCUCCUACAGAAGUCGUACAAAGUUCUGCUCCAUGUCCCAUGGAGGUCCGACAAAGUCCUCCACCAUCUCCUGCCGAGGUCCGACAAAGUCCUCCACCACCUCCCACAGAAGUCCAACAAAGUCCUCCACCACCUCCCACAGAAGUCGUACAAAGUCCUGCUCCAUGUCCCACAGAAGUCCGACAAAGUCCUCCACCAUCUCCCACAGAAGUCCGACAAAGUCCACCACCUCCCACAGAAGUCGUACAAAGUCCUGCUCCAUGUCCCACAGAAGUCCGACAAAGUCCUCCACCAUCUCCCACAGAAGCCGUACAAAGUCCUCCACCAUCUCCCACAGAAGUCAUACAAAGUCCUCCACCAUCUCCCGCAAAGGUCCAACUAAGUCCUCCACCACCUCCCACAGAAGUCCAACAAAGUCCUCCACCACCUCCCACAGAAGUCCAACAAAGUCCUUCACCACCUCCCACAGAAGUCCUACAAAGUCCUCCACCACCUCCCACAGAAGUCCAACAAAGUCCUCCACCACCUCCCACAGAAGUCGUACAAAGUCCUGCUCCAUGUCCCACAGAAGUCCAACAGAGUCCUCCGCCAUCUCCCACACAAGUCGUACAAAGUCCUGCUCCAUGUCCCACAGAAGUCCAACAAAGUCCUCCAACAUCUCCUGCAGAAGUUCGACAAAGUCCUCCACCAUCUCCCACAGAAGUCCGACACAGUCCUCCAACAUCUCCUGCAGAAGUCCGACAAAGUCCUGCUCCAUGUCCCACAGAAGUCCGACACAGUCCUCCACCAUCUCCCACAGAAUUCGUACAAAGUGCUGCACCACCUCCCACAGAAGUCGUAGAAAGUUCUGCUACAUGUCCCGCGGAAGUCCUACAAAGUGCUCCACCAUCUCCCACAGAAGUCGUACAAAGUCCUGUUUCAUGUCCCACAGAAGUCCGACAAAGUCCUCCAGCAUCUCCCACAGAAGUGGUACAAAGUCCUGUUUCAUGUCCCACAGAAGUCGUACAAAGUCUUUCUCCAUAUCCCACAGAAGUCCAACAAAGUCCUCCACCAUCUCUCACAGAAGUCCGACAAAGUCCUCCACCAUCUCCCACAGAAGUCCGACAAAGUCCUCCACCAUCUCCCACAGUAGUCCGACAAAGUCCUCCACCAUCUCCGACAGAAGUCCAACAAAGUCUUCCACCAUGUCCAACAGAACUCCAACAAAGCUCUCCACCAUGUCCCACAGAAGUCCGACAGAGUCCUGCUCCAUGUCCCACAGAAGUCCAACAAAGUCCUCCACCAUGUGCUACAGAAGUCCAGCAAUCUGCUGUCCUUCCACAUUCGGAUUAUGCAGAUCUACAGGAAAGUCCUUCACUUUUUCACCUUGAUUCUUCAUCCCCAUCUCAUCUUAGUCCAUUGAAUCUUCAACAAAGUGCUUUACCAUCCCACCCUGGUCAAACAGAAACCAAAAAUAGUCCCGGGCCCGUUGAGCUACACUUAAGCUCUACACCUGUGACUUACUCACAGGCCCAGCAAAGUCCUUGUCAGAUCCCUUUCACCACCUUAAACCAUAAUUCCCCAGAGUCUCAGCAGAGUCAAUCACAGGGUAGUCCCAUGUCUCAUAUUCUUUCACAUUGUCCACACAGUCCUCCUCCACAUAGUGUGACCCAGCAUGCAUUUAGUCCUACCAGGGUUCAUCCAGGGCCUGAAGGGUCUGAGCAUAGCCCUCCACUGACGGACUCCUCACAGGUAAACAGACCGUGUAGUCCUACCAACGACAUAAUCUCACAGACUCGGCACAGUCACCCAAAAACCCUGCAUAGUCCUGUGCCCCCUGGUCCUGCACAAAGUGACAUAUCACAUCCCCAGAGUACCACACAGGAUCCCGAACCCAUUCUGGACCAUGAGAGCCCUGGAUCACACAGCCCUGCUCACCUACAGUGUGGUGCUGCAGAGGACAUUUCUACACUGGACCAGGACCUCUCACCAGUCUACUGUAGCUCUGCCAAGACCUCAGUGAGGCCCACUUCAGCUCCAUGUAGCCCCUCACCAAACCCACUGAGACCCAGACAGUGUAGUCUGUCACAACCUGCUAGCCCAGCACAGAGCCACGCCACACAACUUAGCCUAAUUCCCUUUGAACUUGCAGAGCUGAAGUCGUUGGAGCCUCCCUCUGUGCAGCAAAGUCUUAAACUUGAUGGCCAAACACUGGAAAGUAGCCCUGUCCCUGAUCACCUGCCACCUGAAAACUGUGGUACAGAGGAGAAAGUCUCGGACCAGCUUGAUCCUGAACAAAGUAGUCUACUCAGCCUGGACCAUUUUAAACCUCCCCACGUCCCCUCUCUCCAGACACCAGAAAGCCUUGAUCACAUUAGCACUUCAGAGGAACACAGAAGCCUAACUCGUUCACCUUGUGCUAAUGAAAGGGAGACAAGUCCUCCCCCAGCUAGCCAUGUUCACCAUGGUCCUUGUGACAGCCCGUCACUUGACACAAACUCUAGGGUCAUGCAUAUCCAUGGUAGCUUAGCUAGUGCUAGCCCUACAUGUGCUAGUGAUAGUAGACCUACUAGUCCAGCCACCUGUCACCAGGCCAAUGUUGGUCCAGCUAGCCCUGGAAUGCUAACAGCUAAUUGCUCUGCUCAACCAAUCAGCCCCUUGGCACCGCCCGUUAGUUCCACUCAAGAGCCAGCUGGCCCCUCACCGGCCCACCCCAUCUCAUGUCCGGAUGUGGAGAUGGAAGAAACUUUUAUCCAGUCCCACACCAGUUCCAGUCAUCCUGGGAGUCCAGCUUAUGUUAGCCCGUUCCACAUAGACACCAACAGUGGUUGUGUUACCAGUCCAUCUGUUUGUACGUUUCCUGACCUCGAACAAACCGGGACAAUACUCUCGCGUUCUGGUCACUCGAGUCCCUCACAUGUCCAAACUACUUGCAGUCCUGCUAGCCCUAGUCCUCCACACUGUACUCCGACUGAUGCUUGUAGCUCUGUUAGCCACAAUCUGAGCUACAUUAGCUCAGACAGUCCUGGCCAGACGAGUCCUUGCUCUGCUAGUGUAACACAUGAGAGUAAUAUUCACAGCUUACCAAGGUCUAGUCCUGCGGGUCAGGCUAGUCCUGCUCACAUUGUAGUAGUAGUAUCCCACUCAGGCCAAGUUAAAAAACAAACUCCCUCAUUAGCUAGCGCGACACACAGCAGCCCUGCACAUGCUACUGUUGCCCUCGUUAGCCCACUUCACAGUCCAGCUCAGGCCAGUGAAACGUGUUGUAGUCCACCAGGUAGCCCCCAGCAAUGUCCGAGUGACAACGUUGGGGCCAGUCCCAUAAGCCCAAGCUGCAGUCCGAUUCAGGUGGGUUCCAGUCUCAUUGCACCAACAAGCCCAACGCCUGCCGGUUCCAAACCUGAGGAAUCAGUCGCUGGUUCUCCAAGACAGGCUACCCAGUCCUCAGCCGGUCCUCAUCCUGUUCCAGACUCGUCCCAGAGCCAACCAAGCACUGCCUUGACAAGAUCAGAUACCCUUGUGGAUGCUACUUCCGCUCAGGCUAGUCCGAGCAGUGCUGACCUUGUCCAGUCAGGUCCACCUCAGGACAGCACUAGUGACCUAUACCCUUCAGAGGUUAGCCCUCGUCAGACCGAGCCCUGCCACCCUCCUCCAGCUAGCUUUGCUAACUGUAGCCCAGCGGUAAGUCCUGUUUGUGGUCCUUUGUAUUCCUCUCAGACCACCCCAGAUUCUGGUCCAGCUAGCCCUGAGAAGGUGGCACCUAGUCCUGAUUCUGGUCCAGCUUACCCUGAGAAGGCGGCACCUAGUCCUGAUUCUGGUCCUGUUAGCCCUGAGAAGGCAGCACCUAAUCCUGAUUCUGCUUCUGUUAGCCCUGAGAACGCAGCACCUAGUCUCGAUUCUGUUCCUGUUAGCCCUGAGAAGGCAGCACUUAGUCCUGAUUCUGGUCCUGUUAGCCCUGAGAAGGUAGCACCUAGUCCUGGCCCAGGUCCCGUCAGCCCUGCGAAGAGAACGCCUAGUCCUGAUUUUGUUGCAGCCAGCCCUGGGCAGCCAGCCCCUAGUCCUGGCCCUGGUCCUGGUCCUGAAGCUAGUCCUGGUCCUAUUGACUGUGUGCAGUCAGACCCCUGCCCUAGUUCUGGUUCCACCAGCCUGAUUAACGGUGAGGAGGUUAGUCCUCUUCUAACCAGGGGGCCUGAAACCAGCUCUUGUCCUGGUCCUGGUUCUGGAAGCCCAUCUGCUGCCUCCCUGGACGUCGGCACGGAGGUGGAGGAGAGAGGAGCUCCUCAGGAGGAGGAGGUGGAAGAGGAGAGUCCAGAAGAGGAGGCGCCUGAUGAGAGGACGAGGGAAGGAGCAGAACCCAUCCAGUCAGAGGAAGACCACCUGUCUGACUGUCCCCCAGGAGUCCACCCAUCUCCUCCCUCCCCUCCACCCACUCUGCAGAAGUCCUCCUGCGCCUCGCCUUCACCUCCUGCAUCCCCCCUGGCCUCCUCCUCUCCUCAGAGGAUGGCCUUACCCUCCUCCUCCUCCUCUUCCUCCUCCUUCCCUCAGCCCCACACUCCUCCCUUAGAGAACCGCCUCCAGGAAGAGGAGCACAGCCAAUCACAGAGCCUGUUUGAACCCGUUGCCAUGGCAGCAGAACCAACCAGAGAUGAGCACCAGUCGGAGGAGGCCAAGGAAGACCAGUCAGAGGAGGACGAGGAGGACGAGGAGGAGGCGAUGGCGAUGAGUCCCGUGCUGGACCUGGAGGUGAUGGAGCUAAUGGCUUCGUCUCUUCUCCCCCUAUCCUCCCCCAGGGGAAAGGGUCGGACUCCCAGGCCUCCCCCCUGCUCCUCCAGGCCUUCAGACGACCUCUCCAUCCGGCUCAGACAGUCUCCUUUCUCCACCGAGGCCUCCCCAGAGACCUCCCCCGUCAGAGCCUCCAUCACCCCACCUCCGCUCGAGUCCUCACCCAGUGCCAGGGAGUCCUCGCCUCCCUCCCAGGCUCUUUCCACCACCGUGAUCCCCCUCCUUACCCCUAAGAUCGGCAUGGGAAAGCCGGCCAUCACCAAGAGGAAGUUCUCCCCUGGCAGAGCCAGAGGGGUCAGACAGGGUUCGUGGUGGAGUAAUCGCAGGGCUGUGAGCCCCCCCUCGUCCUCCCAGGAUUCCACAGGGGAGGCGGGGUGGGACAGCCCUAAGUCCCGCCCACAGGACUCCGCCCUCUGGAGCAUGAGAGUGGGCCGUGGAUCAGGAUAUCCAGGCAGGAGAAGGUCAAGAGUAGGAGGAGGAAGAGGAGGAAGAGGGAGGAGUCGGCUGCAGACCCAGGAGGCUCUGACGAUGGUGGCGUCUCCUGGAGUGAGUGGCGUCUCCAUGGUAAUGGCUAGUGUCUCGGUGGAGGAGGUCUUCCAGCCCAAGGAGGAGGAGGAGAACUCGAUGCACAACACGGUGGUGAUGUUCUCCACCUCAGACCACUUCACCCUCAAACAGGACAUGUGUGUGGUGUGCGGUAGCUUCGGUCAAGGAGCUGAAGGACGACUCUUGUCCUGUUCUCAGUGUGGACAGUGUUAUCAUCCCUACUGCGUCAACAUCAAGGUGACCCGGGUGGUGCUGACCAAAGGGUGGCGCUGUCUGGAGUGCACGGUGUGUGAGGCGUGCGGUGAGGCCAGUGACCCGGGGCGACUGUUGCUAUGCGACGACUGUGACAUCAGCUACCACACCUACUGCCUGGCCCCGCCCCUCCACACCGUUCCCAAGGGAGCCUGGAAAUGCAAGUGGUGUGUGUCCUGUGUCCAGUGUGGCUCUGCGUCCCCGGGGUUGCACUGUGACUGGCAGAGUAACUACAGCCUGUGUGGACCGUGCUGCAGCCUGAGACGCUGUCCCCUCUGCCAGAGGACAUACUCGCAGGACGACCUCAUCCUGCAGUGCCAGCAGUGUGACAGGUGGGUCCACAGUGGAUGUGAGGGUUUGUCCUCUGAGGAAGACGUGGAGCUGGCCGCUGAUGAAGGUUUCGAAUGCUCGCUGUGUAGGACACAUGGACGCAGCUCCUAUGGAGUCUUGGACUCUGUGGGUCCCUUCGUGUCUCAGACCGUGUCCCGGCUCAGAGAACCAGACACCAAGACGUUCACUCAGGACGGGGUGUGUCUCACCGAGUCGGGUCUCUCCCACCUGCAGUCCCUGGUUGACCCGCUAACGUCCCCCCGAAGGUACCGCAGGUCUAAGCCCAAACUGAAGCUGAGGAUCAUCAACCAGAACAGCGUCUCCGUCCUGCAGACGUCCCCCCCCGACCCGUCCUCCGAGCGGGACGUCUCCAGAGGUGACCUGGAAUGUGACGUCAAGUCUGACUCCAGCCCUGAGCGAGACCACGCCCCCCAGGGUGACGUCACCAAGGAGACGGAGGAGGUUACCCACGGCAACAAGAAGAGGAAGAGGAAGCCGUACAGGCCAGGUAUCGGGGGCUUCAUGGUGCGCCAGCGUGGAGGGAAGUCUGGACCAGGAAGAAUCAAACUGUGCAGGAACGAUUCAACCGAGACGCUGCCGGGUCGGGACGAAGGCCUGGGGGAGACAGAUGUUGCCAUGGAGACGGCCCCCCUUGGCGACCAGACGAUGGAGAAGGUGAAGAAGAGGUACAGGAAGAAGAAGACGUGGCUGGAGGAGGCCUUCCCCUCGUAUCUCCAGGACGCCUUCUUCGGCCGAGACCUCCUUGACCGGACCCGGCAGGAGAGGGCGGCUGAGACACCGGGCGUCCAAUCACGGGCUUCCACGGGGAUGUCUCCUGGACCGCAUGGCCCCGCCCCCUCUGGGCUGCAUAUGGGCGCCAUGGCAACAGGCGCCAACAGGAAGCAACGUCAGUUCCAGGUGGACAGUUCACCCCCCUUUGCUGGUCUGGACAUGGACCCGUCUCUGGGUGGGCGUGGCCAAAGGGCAGUGCAGGAGGAACCUCUGGACGCCAUCUUGAGUCCUGAGCUGGAUCGGAUGGUCACAGAUGGCGCCAUCCUCGGAAAACUCUACAAGAUCCCAGAACUGGAGGGGAAGGACGUGGAGGAGGUCUUCACAGCCGUCCUGAGUCCAAACAGCAGAAACAACCAAUCAGAGCAGAGCCAACAAACACACACUGCUACUGGGAGCAAGACACACAACACAGCUGACGCGUCCCCUCGCCUGCCCCUGAUGAACGGCCUGGUGGCGCCCCACUUUCCCAAAACUCCCAUGAUGCCCAGCGGUGUCCCCCAGGUUCCGGCUGGCUUCAGGACGUCCCCCUCGGAGGACCUGGGACCCGGGAUGGUCUCGGCCAAUCAGGCGCCGGCGGGGGACGGCGAGCAGGACGCGAUGUCCACGGCCCAGAGGGGGAUGCUGAAGUGGGAGAAGGAGGAGGGUCUGGGACACAUGGCAACGGUGGCCCCCGUCCUCUACUGCAAUACCAACUUCCCCCAGCUGAGGCAGCAGUACCCUGACUGGUCCACCAGAGUGAAGCAGAUAGCCAAGCUGUGGAGGAAGGCCAGCUCUCAGGACAGAGCUCCGUACGUGCAAAAGGCUCGGGACAACCGGGCAGCUCAGCGCAUCAACAAGGUGCAGAUGUCCAACGAUACGCUCAAACGCCCCCAGCCGCCCCCCCAGCAGCAGCAGCAGCAGCAGCAGCAGCAGCAGCAGAAACAGCAGCAUCAGCAGCAGCAGCCGCCGCCAUUAUCAUCGUCAUCGCCGCCGUAUGACCCGGUUUCUAUGGAAACGGAUAUGGCGUUCAAGGACCCGCUGAGGCCCAAAGAGUCGGAGCAGGAGCAGGAGUGGAAGUUCAGACAGCAAAUGCGUCAGAAGAGUAAACAGUUGGCCAAGAUCGAGGCCACUCAGAAGCUGGAGCAGGUGAAGAAUGAGCAGCGGCAGCAGCAGAUGAUGGCAGGACAGCGUCCCCCUGGACACCUGUCCCCCAGCCAGCGUCCCCCUGGACACCUGUCCCCUGACGAUGCCUCCUCCUCCGGGGGGAGCGCCUCCCCUCUACAGAACAAGCAGCACCUCCUCCUGCAGGGGAGCUCGGGACCGGCCGACGACGUCUUCCUCAGACCCCAGGCUCCUGCUCCCUCCCCCCUCCACCAGCCCCCGUCCUCCCCCCAGAUGUUCUCCCCUCUCCACCAGCCCCCGUCCUCCCCCCAGAUGUUCUCCCCCCUCCACCAGCCCCCAUCCUCCCCGCAGAUGUUCUCCCCGCCCUCCUCCCGCCCCUCCUCGCCCUGGGACCCCUACGGUAAGAUGGCUGGGACUCCUCGGCCCUCCUCGCAGUCAGGAGCUCCUCAGCAGCAACGUCUCAGCACCUCCCUCAGCACCUCCCCAGCUCACGAUGCAAUGGGCUCCCCCGCUCCAUCCCCCGACUCCAAAACCUCAGAGGUGUCCAGGGCCCUGGGACCCCAGCCAGGCCUGCAGCAGAGCCGACCAGGUGUGAUGAGCCCCUCCUCCGUUGUGACCGCUGACCUCUCCGUCCGCCAUCUUGGGUCCUACCAUAGAACCGGCGUGGGGGUGUUCAAAGCUCCCAUGCCCCCACAGCACCAGCCUCAACAGGAGGUGUUCGGAGGCCCAGGAGGAAGGAGGGACAUGUCCUUCCCCCUCCCCCAGACCCAAGAAUCAGGACUUGGCUCCCCCCACCGGACGCCCUACGCCCAGUCCCCCGACACCCACGUCCCCCUUCAGACCCCCGGUACGCCCCGCCCCCAUCCUGACGCACCCUCACUGAGACUGGACCCCUACUCCCCCCGCCCACCCACCACCCCUUUCAGUCAGAGCCCAGGGUCUGGUUCGUCUCCUCUGGCACCGGGACCGUCUGGAGAGGUGGCGCCGCUCAAGUUGCAGCAGUCCCCAGGAAGGACGCCCAGCAGCCAGACCCCGAAGCAUCCUGGGAUAUCGGAGGACGCUGGCUUCUCUUUGCAGGGUCACGACCCCUUUGAGCAGGGUCACAUGACCCCAGGCCCCUCCCACACCGACAAGACGGUGACCAAUGAGAUGUCGGCGCUGGGCGGAGCCUCUUUAGACGGACCAAUGAACAUCCUGCCUCAGCUGGGAGACUCUGAGGAGAAACUGAGACAGCGUCAGCGUCUCCGGCAGCUCAUCCUCAGGCAGCAGCAGCAGAAGAGCGCACUACGCCAAGAGAAAUGUCAGCAGGAUCCACCUGGGCCCCCCGUGGCCCUCGCUGCCCCGACCGGGCCUCUUCACAGCUGGCCCCAGGACGACCCGGCCGUUCCUUCGGCCGACCUCUUUGGACGUCCUCCUCCUCCGUACCCCGGCACAGUGCGACCCGGUGGGGCGCUGACCCCGAGGUUCCCUGUAUGUUUCCCAGGGGAGCAGCAGAGGGGCUUCACCCCCGGCGAGGCUCCUUUCCCCAGGCAGAACGUCCCCCUGGGCGUACGAGGACCAGCCCUGAGGUUCGGGGUUCCUCCUGGACCACCAGCAGGCCUCCAGGACUCCUUCCUGCAUGCCCCCCAGGGACCGGUGCCUGGCCCUGGGCAUGGCGGGGUGGAGGGAGUCCAGAUGCGGAGGCCGAUUCCUGGGGAUUUCACUGGCAUUAGACCGCUGCUGGCUCCCAACGCCCCCCCACAAAUGACACCAGGUGUCCCCCAGCCCUUCGUCGCUCGCUCCAUCCCCAUCCAGCAGCACAGCAUCAUGGGACAGCCCUACAUCGAGCUAAGACACCGGGCCCCAGAGAACCGCCUCAGACUGCCGUUCCCUCUCCACGCGGGCUCCGACCCCGGGGCCAUGCAGCCCAGAGACCCCCAGCCCUCUGCAUCCAGGCCCAGUCUGGGACCCAGGACGGCCGAGGCGCUGAUGGGCCAACAGAUGGUGAUGACCGGCGCCGUGGAGCAGCUGAACCAGCAGCACCUGGGACACUCGGCCCUGCAGGGGACCGACGGGAUGGAGGAGCACCUGGAGGGGGAGGACUCGGCCGUGAAGGAUCUGGAGGACGUGGAGGUGAAGGAUCUGGUCGACCUCAACCUGAACCUCGACCCUGAAGACGGUAAAGAAGACCUGGAUCUGGGUCCCAACGACCUCCACCUGGACGACUUCCUGUUGUCGGGGAAGUUCGACCUGAUCGCCUACGCCGACCCCGAGCUCAACCUGGAGGACAAGAAGGACAUGUUCAACGAGGAGCUGGACCUUGGCGAGUCUGUGGAGGACAGCGAGGCCGGAGACAGGAGGGACGGUUCCAGGAAGAGCGACGGCCAGACGCACCUCGUCAAACGGGAAGUGAAGGAUGGCGUCAAGAUGGAGGCUGAGAGCGGCUCCUCUGCUCCACCACCUGGAGCCCCAGGGACCGAUCCCUCAGGCGUCCUCACUAAGGAGAUGCUGGAGCCCUCUGGUUCUGUAUCAGGGGCCUUGCCGGGUCUCCAGGUCCAGCAGCAGGCUCCAUCACCAGGCAUGGCCCCCAGGGUCCAGCCCCCGAUGGCAGCAGGGCAACAGUCUGUCUUCCAGCAUCAGCCGAGACCCAGUGGAUCCUACCCCCCUGCCCCCCUCCCGCAGGGUCUCCCAGCGUCCCCUCACCCCAGCCUGGCUCCCCAAGGACUCCCUGGCCUGCCACAGCCCCUCCUCAAUACCCAGAACCAGCCUUCACAGCCAGGACCCUCUGCCGAGAGCCAGAGCCCGACUGCCGCCACCCAGAACCAGAGCAGCGCCGCCAGGCCUUUGCUCCUGGAGGAGCAGCCUCUUCUCCUGCAGGACCUCCUGGAUCAGGAGCGGCAGGAGCAGCAGCAGCAGAAACAGAUGCAGGCUCUGAUCAGGCAGAGGUCCACCCCCGAGCCGGUCUUCCCCAGCAUGGACUUUGACUCCAUCUCCGACCCCAUCAUGAAGGCUAAGAUGGUGGCUCUGAAGGGCAUCAACAAGGUGAUGAGUCAGGGGACUCUGGGACUGAACCCCAUGGUCAUCAACAGGUUCCAGCAGGCUCCAGGGGCCCCGGACCCCGAGGGGCCUCCCCAGCCCCCACAGCCGAUAGGACAGGACGGGAAGUUGAACGCUCCACUGGUGCGACCCAGCCCCCCCAGCUUCGGCCCGGGCUUCGUCAACGAGUCCCAGCGGCGUCAGUACGAGGAGUGGCUCGGCGAGACGCGGCAGCUCCUGCAGAUGCAGCAGCGCCUCCUGGAGGACCAGAUCGCCACCCACCGCAAGACCAAGAAGGCCCUGUCGGCCAAACAGAGGACGGCCAAGAAGGCGGGACGAGCCUUCGCCGAGGAGGACGCCGCCCAGCUGCGCUACAUCACCGAGCAGCAGGGGGCGGUCCAGAAACAGCUGGAGCAGAUCCGGAAGCAGCAGAAGGACCAUCUAGAGCUGAUUGAGGACUACAGGACCAAGCAGCAGCAGCAGCAGCAGCAACAACAACAACAACAGCAGCAGCAACAGCAGCAACAGCAACAGCAACAGCAGCAGCAGCCGCCCACCUCCGCACCCUCCAUCCCCCUCAACCUGCUCUCACAGCCCGUGGCCCCCCUGCAGCCCCACCCGGGUGCACCCACCCCGGCUCGUUCCCCGAACGUCCCCCCUGGCUGGGCUGCGGGGGGCAGGCUUCCAGGGGCGAUGGGGCAGAGGAUGCCGGCUCAUUUGCCCCCUCAGAUACCUCCCAGCCUUCCCAGCACCCCCCAGGUCGCCCCGCACACCCAGAGCCCCCCGACCAUGGCGCCGGGACUCGCAGCUCCGACGCCGGGUUUCAACGCCGGCCCCAACAGAGCCACGGGGGACGCCACCCCUCAGGUGAAGUUUGACGACAACAACCCGUUCAGCGAGGGUUUCCAGGAGAGGGAGCGGAGGGAGCGCCUGAGGGAGCAGCAGGAGAGGCAGAGAGUACAGCUCAUGCAGGAGGUGGAGCGGCAUCGCGCCCUGCAGCAGAGGCUGGAGCUGGAGCAGCAGGGCCUCCUGGGUCCUAACUUGGGGCCUAACCUGGGGACUAACCUGGGGCCUGGGCCUGGAGUAGCAGCCGUGCCUCAGACUGGAGCUCUAACAGGGGCUCGGGUCGGACAGACACCAGGACCAGCUCCUUCCCCGGGUGGGGACGGUCUAUCUCAGAUGCCUUUCUUCAGUUCUGAGCUGCCCCAGGACUUCCUCCAGUCUCCCCCGUCCUCCAGACCUCCACCUCAGCUCCAGCAGCCAGGCCUCAGCCAGGCCUUCCUGGGAGGACCCCUGCACUCUGGACCACCUCACAUGGCUCCAGGCCUAGUCCCCGGGGCCCCUCCCGAGCACAGACCCCCGAUGGAUGCGGCUCCUCCCAACCUCCAGACCAGGCCGAGGCUCCCAGGCCUCGCCGGGCCCUCAGCCCACGGACAGAUACGUCCACCUGGGAUGACGCCCUCCCACCCUGGAGGUCCUCGAUUUGGACCCGAUUCCUCCUCCUCCCCCUCCUUCCCCUGCGCCGCCUCCCUCGCCCAACUGUACUCUGACAUCAUCCCAGACGACAAACCAAAGAAGAAGAACAGCAGGAAGAGGGACGGAGAUGACGGCAUAGGAGGAGGAGGAGGAGGAGGAGGAGGAGGUGCCAGGACGCCGCUGUCCUCACACUCUGAUGACACCUCCUGCUCCACGCCCACUCGUGGCAGCAUGGACCAAUCAGACGUGUCCCUUUCUGGGCUCACGCCGCUGUCUGAGUUGGAGAGGCAGCUGUCUGUCAGCUGUGCGGCCCAGCAGAGAGCACCCGUCCUGGGCAUGGAGGGCCAGAGAGUCCCCCUGUCUGCUCUCCUGGAGGUCAAGGAGGAGCGAGAGGAGGGGGGAGCAUACGGGGGAGGUGUGGUGAAGACGGAGGAGGGCGUGGGUGAGGCUUUCUCCCCCCUCUCUCCCCUCCACGGGGGAGACAGGGGGAAGGAGCUGCUCAGACACCUCCUCAAAGACAAGAGCUCCCCGACCACGACGCCACCGCCCACUGGCCAGGCCCCGCCCUUCCAGCACCACCAGCUGUCCAAUGACGGCAUCCGCUCGGACGAGGAGGACGGACCUGGUUCCCAUGGCAACACAGUGACCAGUCCUGGUCCAGAUCAGCUGGACUCCUCGGGCAGGAAGAAGACCCAGCAGCGCUGCAAGAGGCCGGUCCGGCCCGACAAGGACCGAGCUCCUCCCAAGUACAAACGGAGGAAAAAGGAGGAGGAAGACAAGACUCUCCACUCCUCCUCCUCGUCUUCGUCCGACCCCCUGAUGACUCACCUGAGACAGCUGUCGGUGCUGCCUCUGAUGGAGCCAGUGCUGGGGGUCGACCUGAGCCUGUUCCCCCCCUAUGGCAGCUCCUCUCUGGGCCGAGACUCCAGACUGAGCGGCUCCUUCGGUAACGCCUGCCUGGAGGGGGUCAGCGACUACUACUCCCAGCUCAUUUACAAGCAGAAUAACCUCAGUAACCCCCCCACGCCGCCGGCCUCCCUGCCCCCCACCCCGCCACCCGUGGCCAGGCAGAAGCUGGUGAAUGGAUUCGCCACGACGGAGGAGCUGACCAGAAAGGAGCUCAGCGAGCAGGAUGUGAAAGGUGUGUCAGCUCUGAAGCAAAAGGGGGAGGAUCUUCUGGUACUUAACCACGCCUCCAAGACCGUCGACGUCCCUGCCUCCCUGCCAACUCCACCCCACAACAACCAGGAGGAGCUCAGGAUUCAGGACUUGGCAGAGCGCGGCAGCCCGGACGGCUUCGUCCCGUCGUCGUCUCCGGAAAGCGUGGCGGACAUGGAGGUCAGCAGGUACCCCGACCUGUCCUUCAUCAAGCUGGAGCCGCCUUCGCCCUGCCCGUCGCCUACACUACCCAUGAUACCCUGCGCCUGGGGAAAAGGCUCUGCAAUCAAACAGGAAGUGAAGGCGGAGCCAAACCACCAGGGUCCCCCCUCCUGCUCUAACACAGACCUGGUUGCCAUAGCGAUAACUCUGAACCCGGUUGCUGCUCAGAACCUUCCAGGUGUGAUGGCGGCGUUGGCCGAACUGCUUCGAGUCCCUGUCAACUACCAGCUGAGCCUAGGGGACGCCCCCCAACGGACGUCCUCCCUGGCCCUGCUGGCCGGAGUCCAGGUGCCCCUGCCCCAGAAUUCAGCCUCCAGUAGACUCCAGAGAGCCGCCCCUGCUCCAGGAAACCUAGGCGUCAGGAUGGAGUACAACCAACAUGGCGGCGCCUCCGCUCGGCCUCAGUGCUGCAGCCACUGUAAGGUGGUGCUGGGAGACAGAGUCCACGUCGUCAAGGAUCUGAGACAGGCUCCAUCCAGACCAGCGUCCAUCUUGGUCUUCUGUAGUCCAAACUGUUCUUCUCAGUUCUCAUCUAACCUCCAGAGGUCUGCAGCCACCAAGGCCGCCGCCCCCGUCCUACCUGCGCCCAGCCGAGUGCAGCACCAGUACACCAACAACAUGUCCUCCAUCACUGUCCACUCCCUCCCCCACACUCCCUCCUCCCCGCCCCCCUCCUCCCCCUCCUCCUCCUCCUCCCCGCCCCCCUGCUUUCCCCCUGCCUCCGCCAUCACCAUGGAGGCCAGGACACCAGGACGCAUGGACAGCCUCAAGGUGAAGGUCAAGCUGAAGCCUCACCCCCGGGCGGUCCCAGGUGGCGAGGACUCUUUGACGCCCCGUCAUGGGAAGAGGAUGAAGGGUUGCCGUUGGAGACGCUGGAGCAGUAGCAUCACUCUGAGCAGGGGUGGCUGCCUGCCUAAGGAGGCGGUUUCCAUGCCAACAGAGGAGGAAGUGGACGCGCUGUUGAAGAAGUUGGGGGCGUGUCUUCGUCCCGAACCGUUACCCAAAGACCAGCGAAGGUGCUGCUUCUGUCACCAGCAGGGAGACGGACAGACGGACGGACCCGCCAGGCUCCUGAACCUAGACCUGGACGUGUGGGUCCACCUGAACUGCGCCCUGUGGUCCAGUGAGGUGUAUGAGACUCAGGCCGGGGCCCUGAUCAACGUGGAGCUGGCCCUGAGACGAGGUCUGACGCUUCGCUGCGCUCACUGUCAACAAACUGGAGCCACGAGCGGCUGCAACCGCCUCCGCUGCAACAACACCUACCACUUCACCUGCGCCCUGCAGGCCCGCUGCACCUUCUUCAAGGAUAAGACCAUGCUGUGUCACCUCCACAAGCCCAGGACCGUAGCUCUCAGCGGGGAUAGGUCGUCCAGCCCCUCCCCCUCCGCCGCGGCCUCCGACCUCCCGUUGCCGCCGGCGAUGGCGCUGCCGCCGGUGAUGGCGUGCGACCCGUACGACUCGGAGCUGCGGUGCUUCGCCGUGUUCCGCCGGGUGUUCGUCCAGAGGGACGAGGCGCGGCAGAUCGCCGCCGUGGUGCAGCGCGGCGACCGCCAGCACACCUUCAGGGUCGGCGCCCUCCUCUUCCGGGCCGUCGGCAGGCUCCUCCCGCACCAGAUGAGCGCCUUCCACAACCAGGCCGCCAUCUUCCCCGUCGGUUACCAUGCCAACCGCAUCUACUGGAGCAUGCGCCAUAGCAACAGACGCUGUAAAUACUUGUGCUACAUCGAGGAGAAGGAGGGUCGGCCUCUGUUCAAGGUGAAGGUGGUGGAGAAGGGACACGAAGACCUCGUCCUGACGGGACCCACUCCCAAAGAUGUGUGGGACCAGAUCCUGGAGCCGGUCUCAGAGAUGAGGUCCUCAGCCGGGACCCUGAAGCUGUUUCCUGUUUAUCUGAAAGGAGAAGAUCUGUUCGGUUUGACCACGUCUGCAGUGACCAGGAUCAUCGAGUCGCUGCCUGGUGUGGAGGCCUGUGAGCGCUACACGUUUCGUUUUGGGAGGAACCCCCUCAUGGAGUGGCCUCUGGCCUUCAACCCGUCUGGCUCCGCCCGCUCUGAACCCAAGCCCACCCAGCUCAAGAGGCCCUACCUGCUGACCAGUAUGGCCGCCAGGUGUCAGGGCUCCGUGGGCUCCAUCGUGGGUCUCGUUCCUGGGGUUCUGUCCCUGUCGCCGGGGGAAACCGUGGCCGCCGCCCACCAGGGCCGCCACUCCAAGUCGUCUCAGUACCGGCGCAUGAAGGCUGAGUGGAAGAGCAACGUGUACCUGGCGCGCUCCCGCAUCCAGGGUCUGGGUCUGUACGCGGCCAGAGACAUCGAGAGGUGCACCAUGGUCAUCGAGUACAUCGGCACCAUCAUCAGGAGCGAAGUAGCCAAUAGGAAGGAGCGUCUGUACGAGUCCCAGAACCGCGGCGUCUACAUGUUCCGGAUCGACAACGACCACGUGAUCGACGCCACCAUCACCGGCGGACCGGCCAGGUACAUCAACCACUCGUGUUCUCCCAACUGCAUCACGGAGGUGGUGACGGUGGAGAAGGAGAACAAGAUCAUCAUCAGCUCCUGCAGACGCAUCCAGAGAGGAGAGGAGCUGAGCUACGACUACAAGUUUGACCUGGAGGACGAUCAACACAAGAUCCCCUGUCACUGUGGAGCCGUCAACUGCCGCAAAUGGAUGAACUGAACACACACGCACACACCAACACAAAAUAACACACUCUAACACACACACACAGGCAGCUCUCUCUCUCCUCAUAUCAGAGUAUAAUAUUGAUCAUGAACCUGAGGGAUGAGACCAGGUGGCUGAUGGGUAAUCAUGAUUUUUUUUAAAUUUUUUUUUUUUUUUUGGGAAGGGGGGGGGGCGGCUACAGAAGAGGCUGGUCCUCUGUGUAAAUGAGUGUAAACAAGAAGUCGUUCAUUAACUUGCACUAAAACACAAAAAAACAAAUAAAACAUAAAGACUUGAUUCCAUGAGCCCCCAUCACCCCCCUCCCCCUCCCCUCCCCCCUCCUCCCCCAGUGUUUGUUAAUUUCGUGUAAAAUAAGAGAUUUCUUCUUUUUUUUUUUUUUUUUUGUAUUUAUUACUGAAUGAAGCUAUUUUCUAAAGCCGCGGUGCGUUCGAGGUCUGGAGUGGCAGCGUGUAAAUAUGUGUACCAUUUAAAUAAAGUUUCUGUUGCCGUCGCUGGAGGGCUCUGAUUGGACGGCGUGAUGUGUACAGAUAGACAACAUGAAGCCUUUUUUUGUUUUUGUUUUUGUUUUGUUUUUUUAUUACUGGACGUGAACCGUGUGACAAUGAUGACGAUGAUGAAGAUGAUGUAUUGGGGGUUUUUUUUUUUUGUUUGUUUGUUUUGGGGAAAAAUUGGUGAAUUUUGAUUUAGAGUCAUUUACAGAAAAUAAAAUAUUUUACAUCA